GCCUGGCAGCCGCUGGAAAACACAAACAUCGCAGGACCAGACCGGUGGGACUAGUGGCCCUGAGUCUUCUAGCCGGCUUCGCUUCUCCCAGCUGCAAGAGACUGGAGGUCCCCUCCUACUGCCCAGUCUAAAAACCGGCCCGGUGGAGCUGCGAGGUCUCGAACCCCAAAGUAGAAGUCAUCCCAUAACUUUUGAAAUAACCAUAAUCCAUGACUUAGAAAAAAUAAGACUUUAAGUGUCUGGGGUAGUACGAUGACUUAAGACCGGAGUGCCGGCGCUUCUAACUGCGGUACAAGCCUCCUGGUAACAAGGCACUGCAAAGGGGAAUCCCAGCAUUGCUUCAGUGGUUGUUGCACUGGAGUAUGAUACUAUUUUUCUCCGCGCUUGGCUUUUCUGACCUAUUGUGCUGCUCUCUAACACCCUUCUUUAGGAGCCUGCUCGGCGGCUAUGGCUGAUAAGCCGGACCCCAGUUCCCCGGCUGACAGUCCCGAGCCCCUCUUCUCCUUUGGGGUCAUAGCAGAUAUUCAGUACGCUGACUUAGAGGACGGGUACAAUUUUCAAAGAAGCAGGCGGAGGUACUACCGGCACAGCCUGGUCCACCUGCAGGGCGCCAUCGAGGACUGGAAUAAAGAAAGCAGCAUGCCCUGUUGUGUCCUGCAGCUCGGGGACAUCAUCGAUGGCUACAACGCUCAGUAUAAAGUGUCGGAAAAGUCGCUAGAGCUUGUCAUGAACACCUUCCAAAUGCUCAAAGUUCCGGUUCACCACACGUGGGGCAACCAUGAGUUCUAUAACUUCAGCAGAGACUACUUAGCAAACUCCAAACUGAACAGCAAGUUUCUAGAAGACCGGAUCCCGCAGCAUCCUGAGACCAUGCCAUCAGAGAACUAUUACGCUUAUCACUUUGUACCGUUCCCUAAAUUCCGGUUCAUUUUACUUGAUUCUUAUGACUUGAGUGUCUUGGGCAUAGACCAGUUUUCUCCAAAAUAUGAGCAGUGUAUGAAGAUGCUGAGGGAGCACAACCCGAAUGUGGAGUUGAAUAGUCCUCAAGGACUUUCUGAGCCCCAGUAUGUCCAGUUUAAUGGAGGAUUCAGCCAAGAACAGCUGAACUGGUUGAAUGAAGUUCUUACAUUCUCUGACGCGAACCAGGAGAAGGUGGUCAUUGUGAGCCAUCUUCCCAUUUACCCAGAGGCCUCUGACAGCGUGUGCCUGGCUUGGAACUACGUGGACGCUCUGUCAAUCAUAUGGUCUCACCAGUGUGUGGUGUGCUUCCUUGCCGGUCAUACACAUGAUGGUGGCUACUCUGAGGAUCCUUUCGGCGUGCACCACGUCAACCUGGAAGGAGUUAUUGAAACAGCUCCGGACAGCCAGGCCUUUGGCACAGUUCAUGUCUACCCUGACAAAAUGCUGCUGAAAGGGAGAGGCAGAGUUCCAGACAGAAUUAUGAAUUACAAAAGGGAAUAAGCCUUGUGUUUUUAAUCCUGUUAUCUUGUUUGCUUUGUAGAAGUGAAUGGCAUUGUUUUAUGUUUUACUUCAUUCCAUAAAAAGUUAAAUUCUCAGUC